AUGGACGAAGUUGAUCUUAUAUGCGUUUAUAAAGAUUUCACUAUAGUAUCAUUAGUUCACACUGGUAGUGCUUAUUUUGUUUACUUAGAAAAAUGUCCGAUAUCCUUGAUGAAACGUCCGCGGGUACCGCUUGAACAACCUUCUUUUUACUCUAAUUCACUAUCUAUUACUGCCAGGUCUUCUAAUUCUUCAUUAUCUAAGGAUUUAGAAGAUAAUCAUUUAGAAUGUACUGUAAGAGAGGUCGAGGUAAACGACCUUAGGCCAUAA